AUGUCAAUGAAAUCUGCUGUUCCGAUUAAUGUUGAUCAGUCAUCAACUAAUGAUGUGGAACCAAUUAACACUCCGGAAGCUGACGGUGAUACAAAUUGCGGUGAUUGUACUUAUACCUUGAAUACUGAAAAGUAUAGCCUCCAAACUCAUAAUUUUGACCAAGCAGUGCUUAAUGUUAAUAAAAUGGGACGAACUGAUUUUCAAAGUCAUUCCAUUGGAGCCGACCCAGUGCUGGAAUCAUCCAAAUUACUCAGGAAACUUUCCGAAGCUUUUGUGCAACGGAUUGAAGGUAAAGGCAUCGUUCGAAAAGGUGCAUUAAGGCAAAAGAAUGUUCAUGAAGUCAAAGCGCAUAAAUUUAUUGCACGAUUUUUCAAACAACCAACGUUUUGUUCACAUUGCAAGGAAUUUCUUUGGGGUCUUAAUAAGCAGGGCUUUCAGUGUCAGGUAUGCGCACUUGUAGUACAUAAAAGAUGUCAUCAGUUUGUCAAUUUUCAAUGUCCUGGUGCUGACAAAGGCGUUGAUACUGAUGAUCCACGACAACAACAUAAAUGGAAAGUGCACUCAUAUUCGUCGCCAACAUUUUGUGAUCAUUGUGGAUCUUUACUUUAUGGUAUCAUUCAUCAGGGUAAAAAAUGUGAGUGUUGUGAUGUCAACGUGCAUCAUAAAUGUGUUAAAUAUGUGCCUGAUAUGUGCGGAACAGAUUACAUCGAAAGACGCGGUAGGAUACAUCUUUCAAUUCGAGUGGACAAUGAUCUUCUGCAAGUUAAAGUGACUGAGGCACGUAAUUUAAUACCUAUGGAUCCAAAUGGCCUUUCCGAUCCUUACUGCAAGUUGAAAUUGAUACCAGAUGAUCAUUCUUCAAAAUCUAAGAAGAAAAGUAAAACAAUCAGAUCCACCUUGAAUCCUGUGUGGAAUGAAUGUUUUGAAUACAAAUUGGAAGCAGCAGAUGCUGGUAAAAGGCUAUCUGUCGAAGUUUGGGAUUGGGAUCGUACUUCUAGGAACGAUUUUAUGGGUUCUCUUUCAUUUGGCAUCAGUGAGUUGAUGAAGGAAUCUGUUGAGGGUUGGUACAAACUACUUAGCGCAGAGGAAGGGGAAUUCUAUAGCGUAAAAGUCAGUCCUGAAUCUGAAGCCGAAAUUGAGAAAAUCAGGAGUAAAAUUGAUGAAAUGGAGAUACGACAGAAAAAGCAAUCACCAAUACGACUUCAGUCUGAGCUGAAACAACAAAACACCAUCAAAUCUACUGAUUUUAACUUUCUAUCUGUGCUUGGAAAAGGUUCUUUUGGAAAGGUAUUACUUGGUGAGCAUAAGGAUAGCAAGGAGCUGUUCGCAGUGAAAAUACUGAAAAAGGAUGUUAUUGUUCAAGACGACGAUAUGGAAUGUGCGAUGACUGAAAAGCGGGUGUUGUCUCUUUGUGACAAGCCACCCUUUCUUGUUACUCUCUAUUCAUGCUUCCAAACUUCGGAUCGUUUAUAUUUUGUAAUGGAAUUCGUGAGUGGUGGUGAUCUUAUGUAUCAAAUACAACAAGUGGGAAAGUUCAAAGAACCAGUAGCUGCAUUUUAUGCUACUGAAAUAGCAAUUGGUUUGUUCUUUCUUCAUUCCAAAGGCAUUAUUUAUCGUGAUCUCAAACUGGACAAUGUUAUGUUGGAUACAAACGGGCAUAUUAAAAUCACGGAUUUUGGUAUGUGCAAAGAAAACAUCAUCGGUAAUGCAAAGACAAAAACGUUUUGCGGUACACCCGAUUACAUUGCUCCGGAAAUAAUAUUGUAUCAACCAUAUAAUAAGUCAGUUGACUGGUGGGCCUAUGGAGUAUUGCUGUUUGAAAUGCUUGCUGGCCAGCCGCCUUUCGAUGGUGAAGACGAAGAUGAAUUAUUCGCAGCAAUAACAGAUCACAGCAUAUCAUACCCGAAGUCAAUGUCCAAAGAAGCAGUUUCUAUUUGUAAGGCGUUGCUACAGAAAAGUCCUGAGAAACGCCUAGGUUGUGGUCAGUUGGCCGUUAGAGAAAUUAAAGAACAUCCAUUCUUUAAACGAAUUGACUGGUAUAAGAUUGAAAGGCGGCAAGUUCAACCACCUUUUAAACCAAAAUUGAAAAGCCCUGAAUCGACGGAGAAUUUCGAUUCGCAGUUCAGAAAGUUAUCAGUGAAAAUGAGUGCUUGUGAUGUUGACAUUUUGCGUAACCUUGAAGGCUAUGAAUUCCCUGAUUUUGAUUAUGUUAAUCCAUACUGGCCAAAUUGGAGUGUUCAUGAUGAAUCAGUGUAG